CUUGAAGUCCUGAACCUGCGGCCGGCGCCGCAGCCGGAGCCGAACCCACCAAACCCUACUCGCCGCGGCGGCCGGCGGGGGGCAGGAGCCAGGACCCGGAGGAUGGUGCCCUUCUCGAUGUACCGCGGCAACCUCCACAUCGGCGGGCGCGACAGCAUCGCCGCCGCCCCGCGCCGGUGGGAGCCGCCCCGCCCGACCCUUACCGUGAAGCGGUUCCGCCGCCUCCUGCGCAACCGCUCCCUCGCCAUCGCGCGCCUCGCCGCGGAGCAGCAGCGUCGCGGAUCCCCGUCCUCCGCGGGCGCGGACGGCGGUCGUGGCGCGGCGGAGCACGAUGGGGAGGCACGGGGUGAAGAGGAAGCGGAUCGGCUGGAGGAACUAGUGGGACAGCAGCCGCAGCAGCAACAUCAGGAUGGGGAGGGGGAACAGCAGCAGCAGGCGGAAGAGGGGGCUGGGGAGGAAGAGCAGCAGCAGCAGCAGCAGGCACUGGCGGAAGAGGUGGAGCAGGAGGAGGGGGCUGUGGAGGAUGCUGACAUGAACGAUGCCGGGGAGAUAGUCGUUGUAGGUGAUGGCAAUGGUGAUGCUGAAGAAGGGCAAGGUGAAAGUGAGGGCGUUGACGCUAACCAGGAGGAGGUGAGUUAUCCUGAUCAAAUCGAUGAAAAGAAGAGAGAGUUGAAUGAAAAGCUGGACAUCCUAAAUAAGAAAAAGCAUGAUCUUGUGCAGAUGCUGAAGCAGGUUUUAAAUGCUGAAGAGGAAAUCCGAAGGCGUAGCAUGCAGGCCUCGUUGCGCGUUGCUAUGCCUCAGCCAUCAGAAAACGCAACGGAUGGAAGUUCUAUUUCCAGGCUGGGCCCCAGAAUGACUGUUGAUGUCAAUUUCGGUGAUGUUGCUGGCGAUUCAGAUGCUGGUUCCAACCAGGGCACUCCUGGGCGACCCUUGCAUCACUUCCACAGCAUCUCUCCUUCAACAGCCUCAUUUGUUAGGUCGCCUUUUGGUUCUCUACAGGGCCACACUCCAAGGAGUCCGGCAACAUUCUCUAUGGCAAGUCCAUCACGCUUUGCAGCAAGCGGGCACCAAGGACAACAUCCUGGCCUGCACUCAGCAUCAUUGCCAGGUGGGAACUAUGUAGCCUCAUCGCCUUCCCCCGCUGCAUCAGGUGGUUCUUCAUCAGUGUUCAGGGACCCUCGUCCCCCCAGCUCUACUUAGCUUCCAUGCUUUGUGCAUAGUUGUACAACUUGUACCGCCCUUGUAUGGGUCGUUAUUUAUUGACAGCUCGUCAGAAUCUCUUAGCGACCCUUGGAAUAAGGUAAUGUUGCGCUGUGGACUGUUAUUAACAUGUAAUAUCUCGUAGUUAUGUAAACAUUAGGAUGUCAUCAGGUCGCCAAUCUUCCGGACAGUGCUAGGUAACUGUAAUACUCCUACAAUAUUUAAGUGUUAGUACCAUCUCUUAGGUAUUCCCUGGUGUAUCAUGAACUGCUGAUUGUCUAAUUGGGUUGCGUUGCAUGUAA